ACUCGCUGAACAGUUAGCUUGUUUGCGGCUUCGCAGAGAUGCAGCUAGCUCUGAGUAAAACUUUUGGUCAGAAACCGGUUAGAUUUCAACUCGAAGAAGAUGGAGACUUUUACAUGGUUGGAUCAGAGGUGGGGAACUACCUACGGAUGUUCCGAGGUUCUCUUUAUAAACGAUAUCCUUCGUUAUGGAGGAGGCUAGCCUCAGUGGAAGAGAGGAAGAAGAUCAUGGCUUCAUCACACGCCACCAGCGUGACACUGCUGAAGGCGUCAGAGUGUGAAGAGAUCUUUGAAGGAAACGAUGAGAAGUACAAGGCUGUGUCCAUCAGCACCGAGCCGCCCGCCUACCUCAGGGAGCAGAAGGCCAAGCGGAGCAGUCAGUGGGUUCCUACGUUACCCAACAGUUCUCAUCAUUUAGAUGCCGUUCCUUCUUCAACCACCAUCAACAGGAACCGUCUGGGUCGGGACAAGAAGAGGACCUUCCCUCUGUGCUUUGAUGACCAUGACCCCGCAGUGAUCCAUGAAAAUGCUGCGCAGGUCGAAGCUCUAGUUCCGAUUCGUCUGGACAUGGAGAUCGACGGACAGAAGCUGCGGGACGCCUUCACGUGGAACAUGAACGAGAAGCUGAUGACCCCGGAGAUGUUUGCAGAGAUUCUGUGUGACGAUUUGGACCUGAACCCCCUGGCAUUUGUCCCGGCUGUGGCCUCAGCCAUCCGUCAGCAGAUCGAGUCGUACCCCACGGACAGCAUCCUGGAGGAGCAGGCAGACCAGAGAGUCAUCAUCAAGCUGAACAUCCACGUGGGGAACAUCUCCCUGGUGGACCAGUUUGAGUGGGACAUGUCUGAGAAGGAGAACUCCCCAGAGUCGUUCGCUCUGAAGCUCUGCUCGGAGCUCGGUCUGGGCGGGGAGUUUGUCACCACCAUCGCCUACAGCAUCCGUGGUCAGCUGAGCUGGCACCAGAGGACCUAUGCCUUCAGUGAGAACCCUCUCCCCACGGUUGAGAUUGCCAUCAGGAACACAGGAGAUGCAGACCAGUGGUGCCCCCUGCUGGAGACCCUCACAGACGCUGAGAUGGAGAAGAAGAUCCGAGACCAGGACCGGAACACAAGGAGAAUGAGACGACUGGCCAACACUGCCCCCUCCUGGUAGGAGACGACACAUCCUGCAGUCAUCUACCCACUUGGACACCUCCCAGAUCGAGGAGGUCAAACCCAUUCCUCUGUACACUUUCAUCAUGAUGGACUCAACCUGUUCAGCUCUCAUGCAGUAGCUCACCUGCAGACACCUGAUAUAUGUUACAAAACACCUGUCAGGUCCGCUGCCAGGUCAGUUUCCAACCACCUGUCAGGUCCAAACAAACAUCUGUCAGAUCAAAAAAACUGGUACAAAUUUUAAUCUGACCAAUAAAAUAAUGAGGAAGGUGAAAAUAACCCUAACCCUGUGUCUGUCUCUAUGGUAAAAGGCAGUGUAAACACACCUAUCUCCAUGGUAACAGACAGGAUAAACCCACCUUUCGCUUUCUCCAUUGGUAACAGGCGGUGUAAACCCACCUGUGUCUGUCUCCAUGGUAACAGGCAGUGUAACCCCACCAGUCUCUGUUUCCAUGGUAACAGACAGUGUAAACCCACCUUUAUCUGUCUCCAUAGUAACAAGCAGUGUAAACCCGCCUGCCUGUCUCCAUGGUAACAGGCAGUGUAAACCCACUUUCUCUGUUUCCAUGGUAACAGACAGUGUAAACCCACCUGUCUCUGUCUCCUUGGAAACAGGAGGAAUAAACCCGCUUGUCUCUGUCUUUAUGGUAACAAUGUAAC